AUGAUGUUACAGACAACUGGAGCAUUUAUUUUUGCUGAUCAGUUUCUACAGUUGUCCUAUUUUCUACCAUCAAAUUAUAUUUAUGGUUUAGGAGAACAUCGAGAUACAUUAGUACAUAGUAUGAACUGGACGAAAUUCAUCCUGUGGAACAAUGAUCAAUCACCAAAGGUAACAAUUAUCAAUCACUUGAGCACUGCGCAGCUUCAGGAGGUUAUAUUACAACCAGCUCCUGCUAUAACAUGGAGAACUAUUGGUGGUGUCAUAGAUUUAUACAUGUUCCUUGGUCCUAGUCCUAAUGAUGUCAUACAGCAAUACACAGAGGUCAUAGGUCGUACUUUCAUGCCACCAUAUUGGAGUCUAGGAUUCCAUGUAUGUAGGUGGGGUUAUAAAACAGCCAAUAGAACAAUGGAAAUAGUUGAGAGAAUUAGAAGAUAUGGAAUUCCACAGGAUACUCAGUGGAAUGACUUAGAUUAUAUGGAUCAUAAUAGAGAUUUUACAACUGGUAUUUCUACAUUUGGUAAUCAAACAAGUUUAGUAGAAGAACUACACAGACUAGGCAUGCACUAUAUGAUGAUUGUAGAUCCCGGUAUAAGUAAUUCAGCUGGACCAGGUAAUUAUCUCUCCUAUGAUCUUGGUGUCAAGAUGGAUGUAUUUAUCAAAAAUGCUUCCGGUCAACCACUUAUUGGAGUUGUUUGGCCAGGACCUGUAGUAUUUCCUGAUUUUACACAUCCUAAAAGUCAAGAAUACUGGACGGCCAUAGCUGCUGAUUUUCAUAAAUCGGUCUCUUUUGAUGGAAUGUGGAUUGAUAUGAAUGAAGUUUCUAAUUUUGUAUCUGGUUCAACAUCAGGAUGUCCUUCUGACUCACAUUUUGAGGAACCUCCUUAUAUACCAAAUGUAUCUGGAGGUAAAUUAAUCUAUAGAACUAUGUGUAUGACAGCUCAACAAUAUACAUCAAUACAAUAUAAUCUACAUACAUUAUAUGGUUUACUGGAAACAAAAGCUUCACAUCAUUUUACAUGUCCAUCUGUUUACUUCAGGGCUUUGACAACAAUUCUUGGAAAGAGAUCCUUAGUAAUAUCGAGAUCAACAUUUGCAGGCCAGGGUCAUUAUGGAGGCCAUUGGACUGGAGAUAAUCUGUCAACUUAUUAUGAUAUGUAUAAAUCUAUAUCUGCAAUACUUAGUAUGAAUAUGUUUGGUGUAACUAUGGUUGGGGCUGAUAUCUGUGGAUUUAGUGGAGCUACUACAAAACAACUGUGUCAAAGAUGGCAUCAACUUGGAGCAUUUUAUACCUUUUCCAGAAAUCACAAUUCAAUAAAUCGGCCGGAUCAGGAUCCAGGCGCAUUUGGUCCUGCAUUUGCAGAAUCCACAAGAGAAGUAUAUUUAAUACGAUACAAACUUCUACCUUAUCUUUAUACUUUAAUACAUAAAAGUCAUAUGAUGGGUGAUACAGUUUUAAGGCCUUUAUUCUUUGAAUUUCCUACACUUGUUGACACAUACAGUAUUGAUAGGCAGUUUCUAUGGGGACCAGCUUUAUUGAUUUCACCUGCUUUAGACCUGGAUCAAUAUACAGUAGAAGCUUAUAUACCUGUUGGUUAUUGGUAUGAUUAUUAUACUGGAGAAAGAAUUAUUGGUACAGGUGAUAGAAUAAAUUUUACCACACCAUUAGAUAAAAUAAACCUACAUAUACGUGGCGGCUAUAUUUUACCUGCUCGACGAUCUGGUCUAACUACAACAGAAAGUCGAGCGUAUGAUUUUGGGUUGAUUGUAGCAUUGGGUGUAUUUGGUGAAGCUCGUGGUGAUUUAUUCUGGGAUGAUGGUGAAACUUUAGAUACACAUGAAAAGGGCCUAUUUAAUAUGUUCACAUUUUCGGCGGAUCAGAAUGGUGUUUACACUAAUCCCGAGUUUAUAGGAUAUAAAGAUGAUCGAGAGUAUUUAAAUAAUAUAACAGUAUUUGGUUUGGAUAAACAACCAUAUGCGGUAACAGCUAAUGGACAAUCAACAACUUAUCUUUAUAAUAAGCAAUAUAAGGCUUUAUACAUAACCAACUUUCUCUUAACGUUAUUAGAACCAAUUAAGAUAGCUUGGAAAUUCAGUGAUGAGUGAAACAAGUACCAGAAGAGAUAGAUAAUUGUCCCAAUAAAAAGAUAAUUGGUAUUUUAAAGUAUGAGUAACAUAUCACCAGUAGCAUACAGAUGUUU